CCACAACUGUUUUGUACCAGCUUGGACCUUCCUGCCGACUUGUACUACAUAGCAGAGUCUAUUCUCAUCUACGAUAGGCUCGCACUUCAUACACUUUGUAUACGGUUCAAAAUGGUCUCUUUCCAUUGCAAUGGAUGUGACGAUGUUGUAACUAAGCCCAAGCUCAUGGCGCACUGGAACAGAUGUUAUGCCCAAGUUGACUGCUUAGAUUGUAGCAAGACAUUUAACAACCCCGGGGAGUUUAAAAGUCACACAUCAUGUGUGAGCGAGGCAGAGAAAUAUGAGAAAAGUGUGUACAAAGGACCCAAAACUGGACCUAAGAACCAUUACCCUCCACAAGAUAGUGCCCCCGCGCCCUCCCCCCAGUCGUCGAGAGGUUCUUUCCGUGGCCGGGGUCGAGGAGGCUACAAUAAUGGGUGGGGCAGAUCCCAAGUUCCGGGGACAGGAGCGAACGGUACGCCUUUGGGCACCCCAAAAGGCUCUCCACCGCCAGUGGAGACCGUCUCGCUACCGCAAAAAAGGAAAGCAGAUGAGAUCGAGCAAGAUAAGGUUGAGAUCAAAGCUAACGUUGGGAAGUCAAUUACAACAUCGUCGAAUGACACCGAUUUGAAGCUCGUGAAAAAGUCCAAGAAGGAGAAGAAGAAGAAAGAGGAGGUAGCGGCGCUACCAGCGGAGGACAAUAAGACGAAAAAGAAGAGCAAACUCAAAGACGGCGAGGAGACGGGCGUUGAGGAACUCAAAUCCAAGAAGGAAAAGAAGAAGGAGAAGGACGCAGUCAAGGAAAGGGAGUCGACAGAUGUAGAGGCCGGGAGCGACAGAAAGCAAAAAGAAAGGAAGGAAAAAAAGGAGAAGAAACAUAGGACGAAAACGGAAGACGAGUUAUCAAAAGGCAACGGAGAGGAUGAAAACGCACCUUCAGCCGAGGACGAGUCAGGAAGCAAGUCGAAGAAGGAAAAACGGAAACACAAAGUAGUCGGGAAAGAAGAGAAGAAAAAGUUGAAGGAACAGACGCGCGGCUCGAAGGAGCAGGCGGGAAAUGAUGCAGAGGUCAACACCGUAAAUGUCGACGCUGCAACUGAGUCGAGGAAACGGAAGCGCGAUAUCAACGAGGAGGAGGGGAGUCAGCCCGUUCUCGAGAAGAAGGGGAAAAAGAGUAAAAAGGAGAAGAAAAGCAAGGAGGAGAAGAGGGAAAAGGGACAUAAAAAGCAUCGUCGGUCGAUGGAGGACAUCGUCGAGUCAGCGCCUCUCAUCGCUGUCGGUGCGUAAUCUCAGUUUAUUGAUUUGGUCAGCAUGUUUUUGGGACAUCAUAGCCAUUGGGGUACUCGGAUACCAGUAGCCCCCGGGCCUUAGAAUUUUUCGCAUGUACUACCGAUGGUGGACAUCAAGUUUUGUUCCUUUCCCACCGUAUCGCGGUGCCAAGCAUGUCGUGCUCAG